AUGAUAAAUGAAAUAAUUGUUUACUAUAAAAGAGUAUUUACUGUUUAGUAAUUUGCAUUCAUCUUAAAUUAAAUUUUGGUAAAAGAAAUUUAUUUUGUUUUUUAAUGCAAAAUGGGGAUUUAGUUAAUAAUAAUAUAAAGUGCUUUGAUAAUAAAUGACUAAAGGUAAUUUAAUGUAACAAAAUUUAUUAAUUUUGCUAUAAAAAAUACCCAGUUACAAUUUACUUUCCAAAUCUUUGUAAUAUUAAGCCUAAAUUAAUUCUUUUACAACUCAGUAAGUAUUAAAAAAAAUGAAACGGAAAAACAAAACGAGCAAAGAAGUAAAGAAAAAAAUAAGAUAAAAUAUUUUUUUAUCAAUUUAAUUGACUUUUAAAUUUAAUCAAAAUAAUACUUAUAGGUUUAGAGAGGGAUUUUUAUAAAAAAAUAAUGA